AUGACGCUGUAUUUCAUGUAUUCAUUAAAACUGCACCAAUUCAUCCCCGCCAUUACCACCUGGCCAUCGCAGCGCCAUAUCGUUGUCGAACUCACUACUUUCGCGAGGCACAAGUUGAUACCAUGGACAUUUAAAUCCGACGAGCCGCAGGAAGUGGUGGUAUACAGCAGCAACAGAAAGAAGGGAAAAAGUAGGGGACGAGGGUCGAACAGAGGGAAGAGAACACCAUUUACCCGACAUAUUGUUGCUGUCGGCGAUCUGCACGGAGACAUUGCCAACGCACGGCGUGUCCUCCGCUUUGCAGACGUUAUCGACGAGCAUAACAACUGGUCGGGGAAUGUCGAUUUCUUUGUGCAGACGGGAGAUAUCAUUGACCGAGGAGACGACACCAUCGUUCUCUUCCUAUGGAUGGAAAGGCUGCGUGCGCAAGCCGCUGAAGUGGGCGGAACGGUUCUCUCGCAUCUAGGGAACCAUGAAUGGAUGAACGCCAUCGGUGACUGGAGAUACGUGUACCCCUCGGAACUCAAAACAUUUGGCAGUAUCGCAGCGCGCCAGCGCAUGCUCACGUCAGGACGUAUUGGGCGUGCCUGGGCCACAAAUUAUACCACCGCGUCGCGCCUUCCAUUGCAUCCCUUCAUUGGCCCGCCCAACACACCAUACCCGCCACCCCACUCAUUCGCGCUGCAUAUGCAGCAAGACGACGAUGAUUUGCAUUGGCGCGACGGACAGGAGUCGGAGUCGGAGCAGAGCGAGGAGGAGAUCAUGUCGCAUGCCGCGCUAUCGUUUGUGCACGGCGGACUAUCGCCUUCGUACCCGGAACUGACGCCGUUUCCAACGCGCAUCAACGAGUUGUCGGACACCUUGCUGGCGAGACUGCAGAACCGGAAACAACCGCCACCACACCCGCCGCAUCCGUACCCUGGCUUCCCUCCUGAAACAUCUCCUGAAGAAAUACGGAUGUACAGUGCUAAUGGUCCACUCUGGUACCGUGGCUGGGCGAUGCAGCCUGAGGAAGUAGUUUGCGCGCAGGUCGACGAUGUCCUCCAGAAAACGGGGACGCGCAGGAUGAUCAUGGGACACACGCCUGACUUCAAGAAUAUCAAGUCGAGAUGUAAUGGCAAAAUCAUUAUCAUCGACACAGGCAUCUCGCACGCUUAUGGCGGUGUGCUCUCCGCUCUUUCUGUACACUACACCCUCACUCCCAUUCCGAACAGUCCAAACACAAAACAGAAACAAAACCAAGACAAUGAAGAUGACCAUUCCCAUAGGUGGAUGGAACGCGAGGUUAUCAGCGCGCUAUAUGCCGAUAGACAGGAGAUCAUCGUGACUGACGAAAGGGAGGUGGUGGGUACCUUUAGACAUCACGAGUUCCACGACGGAGAUUGGGAAGACGAGGAUGGUGAAAUGGAAGAGCGAAAGGGGAGUGGAGAGGUACAAUGA